GUGACAGUGUGUGUGUUGAUUUCGAACAGGUGAGCCAUGGCCGCGGAUAUGGACAUGGUGAACUUGUUGGUCAUUGCUGGUGCAACGUUGGCCAUUCCUAUUCUGGCUUUUGUGGCCUCGUUUAUCCUCUGGCCCUCAGCCCUCAUCAAAAUAUAUUACUGGUAAGGUAUAGUGCUAUAUUUCACUCCUCUUGUGUGCUGUCAGUAGAAUUCUUAUAGACAGUUUUAUGGAUUAGAAAGGAAGGUUGCUAAAGGGAGAGAUUAUUUUUUAGUACCCUUUUCAGCUCUUUUAGACAUCUGCAUGAAAGAGAUCCCACCCACCACUGACUGCACCAUAAUAGCAGAAAAGCUUGAUUCCAGCCUUCAGUCCCACUAUAACCACAUCCUGCGCUACACCACAGUUAGAUUCAUGUCUGUUUUUCCUGCUCAGGUGCAACUAUGUCAGUAUGACCCAUAACAAAGCCCUAAAGACACUCUUGCUAAAAGGGAAAUCCAAAAUAGAAACAGUAAAAGAGCAGAACAUUCAUCUCUCUCUACUCUACAUGUUGCAGAGAGAGACUCAGAGAGAGAGAGAUUAUAAACGGUAUUCUAUCGAUUCCUCAAUAGGUACUGGAGGAGGACCCUGGGUCUACAGGUGCGCUAUGCAGACUGUGGGGGGUACCGCUUCUGUUACUCUUACAGAGGGAAGCCAGGGUUCAGACCAUCCAUCCUCAUGCUACAUGGCUUCUCUGCUCACAAAGACACAUGGCUCACUAUGGUCAAGGUAACAGAAUCCAUAAAUGACCUAGCAUGAUGUGGGCUGGUAAAGCAGUUGUGGACAAAUGUAGGUUCAUCUUUACUAUUGUAAUAGGAGGUAUUAGCGCGUAUAGUAAAUAUCAAGGUUUGUGACAUGUAUCUAUGGCAUGCAGUAUCUACCCAAACACCUGCACAUACUGUGUGUGGAUAUGCCUGGCCAUGAGGGAACCACUCGUACCAACUCAGAGGACUACUCCAUCCAGGGCCAGGUCAAGAGGAUUCAUCAGGUGGGUCUUGGUCCUGUCACCACAUCGGAACAACAUACGCUCACCAGAUACACAGCAUGAAAGAUCAUCAAAGAGUGCAUUGGUGACCAUGAAUGGUGACGAGUUGUUUUAAGUUAUGUUACAAUAAGUAACCACGUGUUUUUAUGUUGUACUCCUUAUGCAGUUUGUGGAGACCGUUCGGCUGAACAGGAAGCCCUUCCAUCUGGUUGGGACCUCCAUGGGGGGCAAUGUGGCAGGGGUGUACGCAGCCAGCUUCCCCUCCGAAAUCUGUAGCAUCACCCUUAUCUGUCCAGCAGGUCAGUCAUACGUUAUCACAAUAUUGCUAUGUGUGUGUGUGUGUGUGUGUGGGUGUGUGUGUGGGGGUGGGUGUGUGUGUGUGUGAGAGAGAGAGAGAGAGAGAGAGAGAGAGAGAGAGAGAGAGAUUCAGGGUAAAGAUCAGACUCUGAUCAGAAAAAAUGUAUAAUUAUGUCUUCACCCCCUAGGUAUACGGUACCCCUGUGAGACAAAAUUUGACAAUCAUCUGCAGGACCUUGAGCACAGCCAUUACACUCUGAGCAUCCCACUGAUCCCGUCCACACCAGAGGAGAUGGAGGAUAUGCUCAGGCUUUGCUCCCAUGUCCGGUUUAAGAUCCCUCAACAGGUGGAGUAAUCAGACUGAUCCAUAGGUCUAGGCCUACUUUAUUUGUAAUUAUUUUAACCCAUCCACCUUCAAAGGACACAUAUCUUUUGUGCUUUUUACAGCUUUUCUGCUACACAUACAGGGCCUUCUGAAAGUAUUCAGACCCCUUGACUUUUUCCACAUUUUGUUACGUUACAGUCUUAUUCCAAAAUGGAUUAAAUACAUAAAAAAUCCUCAGCAAUCUACACACAAUACCAAAUAAUGACAGAGUGAAAACAAGGGUUUAGAAUUUUUUUCAAAUGUAUUACAAAUAAAAAACAGAAAUACCUUAUUUAUAUAAGUAUUCAGACCCUUUGCUAUGAGACUCGAAAUUGAGCUCAGGUGCAUCCUGUUUCCAUUGAUCAUCCUUGAGAUGUUUCUACAACUUGAUUGGAAUCCACCUGUGGUAAAUUCAAUUGAUUGGACUUGAUUUGGAAAGGCACACACCUGUCUAUAUAAGGUCCCAUCUCCCCCACUGGCUUCCAGUUGAAGCUCGCAUCUGCUACAAGACCAUGGUGCUUGCCUACGGAGCUGUGAGGGGAACGGCACCUCCGUACCUUCAGGCUCUGAUCAGUCCCUACACCCAAACGAGGGCAAUGCGUUCAUCCACCUCUGGCCUGCUGGCCCCCCUACCUCUGCGGAAGCACAGUUCCCGCUCAGCCCAGUCAAAACUGUUCGCUGCUCUGGCACCCCAAUGGUGGAACAAGCUCCCUCACGACGCUAGGACAGCGGAGUCACUCACCACCUUCCGGAGACACUUGAAACCCCACCUCUUUAAGGAAUACCUGGGAUAGGAUAAAGUAAUCCUUCUACCCCCACUUACCCCACCCCAAAGAAUGAAAAAAACAAAUAAUAAUAACAUAUUGUAAAGUUGUUAUCCCACUGGCUAUAAGGUGAAUGCACCAAUUUGUAAGUCGCUCUGGAUAAGAGCGUCUGCUAAAUGACAUAAAUGUAAAUGUAAAUGUCCCACAGUUGACAGUGCAUGUCAGAGCAAAAACCAAGCCAUGAGGUCGAAGGAAUUGUCCGUAGAGCUCCGAGACAGGAUUGUGUCGAGGCACAGAUCUGGGUAAGGGUACCAAUACAUUUAUGCAGCAUUGAAGGUCCCCAAGACCACAGUGGCCUCCAUCAUUCUUAAAUGAAAGAAGUUUGAAACCACCAAGAUUCUUCCUAGAGCUGGCCGCCCGGCCAAACUGAGCAAUCGGGGGAGAAUGGUCUUGGUCAGGGAGGUGACCAAGAACCUGAUAGUCUCUCUGACAGAGCUCUAGAGUUCCUCUGUGGAGAUGGGAGAACCUUCCAGAAGGACAACCAUCUCUGCAGCACUCCACCAAUCAGGCCUUUAUGGUAGAGUGACCAGACAGAAGCCACUCCUCAGUAAAAGGCACAUGACAGUCCGCUUGGAGUUUGCCAAAAGGCACCUAAUGGACUCUCAGACCAUGAGAAACAAGAUUAUCUGGUCUGAUGAAACCAAGAUUGAACUCUUUGGCCUGAAUGCCAAGCGUCAUGUUACAGUUAGUGAGUGCAUACAUUUUUAUUUUUAUUUAUUUUUCAUACUGGGGCAAAGGUUCACCUUCCAACAGGACAGCGACCCUAAGCACACAGCCAAGACAACACAGGAGUGGCUUCGGGACAAGUCUCUGAAUGUCCUUGAAUGGCCCAGCCAGAGCCCAGACUUAAACCCGAUCGAACAUCUCUGGAGAGACCUGAAAAUAGCUGUGCAGCGACACUCCCCAUCCAACUUGACAGAGCGUGAGAGGAUCUGCAGAGAAGAAUGGGAGAAACUCCACAAAUACAGGUGUGCUAAGCUUGUAGCGUCAUACCCAAGAAGACUUGAGGCUGUAAUCGCUGCCAAAGGUGCUUCAACAAAGUACUGAGUAAAGGGUCUGAAUACUUAUGUAAAUGUAAUAUUUCAGUUUUCUAUUUUAAAUAAACUAGCAAAAAUUUCUAAAUACCUGUUUUUGCUUUGUCAUUAUGGGUUAUUGUGCGUAGAUUGAUGAGGGGGAGAAAAAAUUAUAAUAAUUAGAAUAAGGCUGUAACCUAACAAAAUGUGGAAAAGGUCAAGGGGUCUGAAUACUUUCCGAAGGCACUGUACAUACAUUUUACGUACACAUUUGACAUACAUGGUGCUUUUAUACACAGCAAUCACAUAACAAUAAUACAUUACCGAACAUAAGCUCUUUAAUCCCACCCCUCAGCCACUCUCAGCCCAUCCCACCUAUCACCAUAGACCACACUUGUUUGGUUUCCAUGUGCCAUAUAUUUUUCAAUUGUGCUGUGAUGUUUUAAUUUGGAACCUUUCUAAUCGCAUAGUAUCCACAGAUUGUGAGCUAAAGAUGAAAACCUUUCCUAUGAGUAUUAUUAUAUUAUUUAUUGACUGACUGUGGCUUUCCAAAUCGCCAAACACUGCUAUUUGUAAGGUUAAUUUUAAGUGAAUGUUGUGGUUUUUUAACCAUUCCUGAACAUGUGAUCAGAAACAAGCUACAGUGGCUUGCGAAAGUAUUAACCUCCAUUGGCAUUUUUCCUAUUUUGUUGCCUUACAACCUGGAAUUAAAAUGGAUUUAUUUUGGGGUUUGUAUCAUUGACUUACACAACAUGCCUACUAUUUUGAAGACGCAAAAUAUUUUUUCUUGUGAAACAAACAAGAAAUAAGACAGAAAAACAGAAAACUUGAGCAUGCAUAACUAUUCACCCCCCCCACCCCAAAGUCAAUACUUUGUAGAGCCACCUUUUGCAGCAAUUACAACUGCAAGUCUCUUGGGGUAUGUCUCUAUAAGCUUGGCACAUCUAGCCACUGGGAUUUUUGCCCAUUCUUCAAGGCAAAACUGCUCCAGCUCCUUCAAGUUGGAUGGGUUCCGCUGGUGUACAGCAAUCUUUGUCCUGCUGUAAGGUGAACCUCCGUCCCAGUCUGAAAUCUCUGGAAGACUGAAACAGGUUUCCCUCAAGAAUUUCCCUGUAUUUAGCGCCAUCCAUCAUUCCUUCAAUUCUGACCAGUUUCCCAGUCCCUGCCGAUGAAAAACAUCCCCACAGCAUGAUGCUGCCACCACCAUGCUUCACUGUGGGAAUAGUGUUCUCGGGGUGAUGAGGUGUUGGGUUUGCGCCAGACAUAGUGUUUUCCUUGAAGGCCAAAAAGCUCAAUUUUAGUCUCAUCUGACCAGAGUACCUUCUUCCAUAGUUUUGGGGAGUGUCCCACAUGCCGUUUGGCGAACACCAAACGUGUUUGCUUAUGGCUUUUUUCUGGCCACUCUUCCGUAAAGCCCAGCUCUGUGGAGUGUACGGCUUAAAGUGCUUCUAUGGACAGAUACUCCAAUCUCCGCUGUGGAGCAUUGCAGCUCCUUCAGGGUUAUCUUUGGUCUCUUUGUUGCCUCUCUGAUUAAUGCCCUCCUUGGCAGGUUUGUUAUGGUGCCAUAUUCUUUCCAUUUUUUAAUAAUGGAUUUCAUGGUGCUUCGUGGGAUGUUCAAAGGUUCGGAUAACCCAACCUUGAUCUGUACUUCUCCACAACUUUGUCCCUGACAUGUUUGGAGAGCUCCUUGGUCUUCAUGGUGCCGCUUGCUUGGUGGUGCCCCUUGCUUAGUGGUGUUGCAGACUCUGGGGCCUUUCAGAACAGGUGUAUAUAUACUGAGAUCAUGUGACAGAUCAUGUGACACUUAGAUUGCACAUAGGUGGACUUUAUUUAACUAAUUAUGUGACUUCUGAAGGUAAUUGGUUGCACCAGGUCUUAUUUAGGGGCUUCAUAGCAAAGGGGGUGAAUACAUAUGCACGCACCCCUUUUUCGUUAUUUAUUUUUUUGAAUGUUUUGAAACACACGUCUGUUCAAUUAUUUUAAUUUCAUUUAGUUUGUUUUUUGGUGAUCUUAACACGCUGUUUCUCUAGAGAGAAAUCAAAUCAUUCACGAGCAAAAUCAAGUCAAGAACUAUGUGGGACACUGGGCUGAAGGGAGUUGUAGUUUUCAUUAAGCAAAUAUUCAAUGAUGUAAUUAACUACAAUGAUCAUAAUCCAUUGCGCAAAUAUUCAACGUUGUCAUUAACUACAAUGAUCAUAAUCCGUUGCGCCUGUUCUUUCAAGGCUCGGACAGGCGGAUACACUUUUACGCCUGGGUCAUUAGAUACACACAGACCGCAUAGACCACAUGAGAGAGGAAUGUACACAACACAAAGAAGAGAGGGAUAGACAGUUCGUGAAAGUAUGCCUUAUCUACUUUGAACAACUAGUGAAAUUAUUUAGUCAGACAGCUUUGCAGCAUACUUAGGCAGGCUAGCCUAGCUAAAUAGGAUGACUAAAGACAGUACAGUAUGGGGAGCACAUAGAUAACGUUAAAUGGUCUGUCUGUCUGGCUGCUACCGCCUGAGCAGAAAUGAAAUGAUGACUUUAAGGAAUGAAAAACAAUAAAGUCAUCAAAUAAAAACUAAGUAAUAUACACAACUGAAAUAUUGUAUUAUUUCAUAGUAAUUUCCUAAUUUUCAAUUGAUGUUUACCCAAUGUGGACCUGACAGAGACAAUGGAAUAUUUUCAAUAUUUUGGCAAUUGAAUGUUCACUAUUUUGGGCUUUGGAAUUUGCAUUAAAAAGCUCUGAAAUCAUUUAAAAGUCAUAAACAAAUGAUCGAACCAAAACCGAACCGAACUCAAAAAGCACUUAUCGUUAAGCAUUAGGGCCUACCUAAUGUUCCUGUUUCAUAUGUCUACAGAUAGAGAAUUAUAUCAGACUGUUGUUAUCUUCUGCUUUCAUAUGUUAGAUUCUUCAAGGACUGGUGGAUGUUCGGCUUCCACACAAUGAUUUUUAUCAAGAAGGUCAGUCUCUGUUCUGUUCCUUUGUCUCAUAGCCAAAUGUUUUGAGGAAUUUUUCUCUGUAUGAAUAUUUCUCAUAUCUAUGACAAAGAAUGUAUUAAAUAUUAUAAGAUGUAGGUCAUAGUCACUGAUGUUGGGUUGUUCAUUUUGACAAAGGUUUGCUAAAUCUCGAAUCCCUCCACAGUAUUCAUGGAGAUAUUGGGUGAGAACUCCAGAUACGCCCUACAGGAAAAUUUGCAUCUGAUCACUGCCCCUUUGCAAGUCAUUUGGGGCAAACAGGACCAGGUAAAUACACCAAAAGCCAGGAGGCUUACACGUCCAAAUUAAACAAUAUUAGGAGAGGGAUUUUGCAUCUAUGAUGUUGCCAGGUACCUGCCUUCCCAUGGUCCUCUGUAGCUCAGUUGGAAGAGCAACGCCAGGAUAGUGGGUUCAAUUUCCAGGACCACCCAUAUGUAAAAAUUGUACGCAAGCUUUGGAUAAAAGCAUAUGUUAAAUGGCAUAUAUUAUCAUAAUUACAGGUAUCAUAAAAAGAAAGGAUGCUAUAAAUAAGAGUAACCUUAAAGCUUCUCUCUCCUCCAGGUGGUGGAUGUCUCUGGAGCUGUGGUAGUGGAGGAGGCCUUGCCCGGUUGCAGGGUGGACCUGUUAGAGAACUGUGGCCACUCUGUGGUGAUGGAGAGGCCUCGCCGGACAGCCAAACUCAUCAUGGAGUUUAUUAUCUCCCUGAGUACCACCAGCGGAACCAUCAAAAAGCGCUCCUGA